AUGUUGAGCUCGAGUCAGGCAAGAAAGAUUCGCUACGGGCUGCACCUCCGUCUUCCUGAAGAGGGCACCAAGGAAGCCGGAGCAUACGAAUACAAUCGCCAGGCCUCGCCCCUCCUCCGCCUCCCCGCCGAGAUCCGCAUCCGCAUUUACGAGCUCGUCCUCGGCAACAAGCAGAUCUACAUCACGUACAAGCCAUGGCAGCACAAGCGGCGCAUCAAGCAGAGCCAGCUGUACUAUGAGACCAUAGCCGGGGGCUUCCGCUACCAGCUUCUGCAGCCGGAGCAGAACCCCUGGCAUGGACCGCGUAACAACACUGCAUUAUCCUCAAAUGCCCGGAUCACGCUGCUCUCGGGCGUCUGUCGGCAGCUGUACCACGAGACGGCGCUGCUGCCGCAGAAGCUGAACCCCUGGUCCUUUGAGAAUACCUGGGUUAUGGAACGAUUCAUUAUGAGAGAGGACCAUCUCACAUUGCUGCAGCGGCGCGCAAUCCAUGUCCUCUGGUGCAGGGAACAUCUGACGAAAGCGAUGGAGAAGAAGUUCGGCUCGCUGCAGGUGAUUGUGUGGAAAGAUGGGAACAGGCUGCUUAAGCAGGACCUGAGGAAAGAGCCGGAUAUCGAAUGUUUCAGGCGGGAGAAACUGAUGAGGCUUGACGCAUCGCAGAACAGGCUCGUUCGCUGA